CCAUCCGCCCGCCCCGGCUCCGCGAGCCCCCUGGGCCAGGUCUCGCCACCGGGCCUGCCGGGCGGGCCCCGACUCGCGGAGGGGGCGGAGCUGCCCGCGGCCACCACUUCCUGAGAGCCGGGGAUACCCAUUCCGGACGUCACGGAGGAGCCGAGGCGGCGGUGGCAUCAUGGGUGCAGCAGCAGCUGCCCUGCUCCUUUGUGCCUCCCCCCCCCCCCCCAUUGAGUAACUGCUUUGUUAACUGAAAAUAACCAUGAAGGACCAGUGUGAUCACCAGUUCCAGACCUCAAAGAAAAGUGAAGCUGUCAGGCAAGAAGAGGGAGACUCCCCCAGCCGGCUGCGAUGGUAUCUGAUCAAUCUUCUAAAGAUUCAAGAACAAUACCCAGUUGCUGGAGGGAAGCGUGUUCCGGCCUGCCACACAGACUCAUCGGCACAUGCGCAAGGGCACUGGAGACCGGAGCCCAAAGGAAAGUGUGCCCCAAGAUAUCAGUUCAGGAAGACAGUAGCAGACUCUGUGCCAGCUGCUACCAGGAGCCACGAGCCAAAUCAGUUAUUUCCGGAUGCGAAACCAACUUUAGGCUGGCACCAAGGACUCAAUGCACUUGCAAGAUGAAGCACUUAGGUGAAAGUGAAUUGUAUUCCCCUCUUUGUAAAGUCUUUUGUGAGAGCAAAGCUUGGAUCCACCCAGCCAAGAUCAAGUUCAAAACUGUCCUGUUCUAGAGACAAAUGGAAACGUUUAGACAAUGAGCCAUGUGGAUUGUACAAGUUCAUUGAAAACAUAAGCAAGACCUCAGCAUCACCCUUCUGUGUCUAUUAACAGAUGUGGGGAUGGGUACCACUCUCUUACAACCAUCUAACAUAGUUCUGCAACUGGCCUUGUAGCUUUGGACCACUCUCUCACAAGGCAAAGCUCUGGUCCUUUUUCAAGUGUCCUCCUUUCUCAUUCCACCCCAUUUUCGAUUCUUCUGAAAGGGUACUUGCCCCAUCACAGGAUCUGACCAAAUUUUCAAGUGGGUAAAAUGACUCCACCUCCAACCUAAGUCCAGCAAAGUCUGGGCUAAAUCAAGCUUUAAUUACCCCAGAAGUUAGCACACAGUAGAGAAUUCAGGGAAGGCUUCAGUUUUAAUCAAUUAUGUCUUGGGAGGAACCACCUGGAAGCUUUUACAAUAUUGAUGUGUAAUUUAUAUACAUGGAAAUACCCAACAUCCACAAAUUUAAUCCAUUUUAAGGACAUUGAGACACAGGACAUUUUAAUCAGCUUGCCAUGUCCCUCAGGCUCCCCAUUCUUACCCCCAAUCAACUGCGGAUCUAUUUUCCAUCAUUAGAGAUGAGUUUUGUCUGUUCUAGAGUUUUGGAGUUUUUUUUGGGUGGGGUUGUUUGUUUUGUUUUUGUAACCACACAAUAUGUGCUCUUUUGCAUCUUAUUUCUUUCACCUAUCAUAGUGUUUUUGAGAUGUAUUCAUGUUGUAUGUAACAGCAGUUCAUUCUUUUUUAUUGCCUAGUAGUAUUUCGUUCUUUAAAUAUGCCAUUUAACAAUCCAUUUUUUCUGCCAGUGUUCUCCUGGAUUUUUCCAGUUCUCAAAGCUGCUAUUACAUUCUUAUAUGAAGCUUUAUGUAAACAUACUCAAAAUUACUUUAAUUUAAAGAUCUGAGCAUUCCAUGGUAUACAAAUUAUAACCCAGUGUUAUAAUAAAUGUUGUUGAUAAAAGCUUAGAUUUCAAGUAGUGUCCAUGUAUGCCUCAUGAUAAGAGCCUAGAGUGAAUGUGUUUAACACCCAGGAAGCACGACAGGACAUAGCUGUGAAAUGCAGGCAGCCUGCUCUACAGACCAUGUUCCAUGCGAGCAAGGACAUAUAGUGGACCCUGUCUCAAGAAAAAGUCCAGGAAGAAAGACAGAAAGAGUGAAAUGAAGAUAGGAAGGAGGGGAUGAGGAAGAGAGGAAGGAAUGAAAGAAGGAAGGAAAAAGAAAGAAAGGAACGAAGGAAUGAAGGAAGGAAAACAUCUGAAUAGUUUCCAAAGGAGUUAUGCCAUUUUAACUUCACUCCAUGGAAGCAAAUGAAAACUUGCAUUGCUCUAUAUUCUACUUAAUAUUUGCUGGUAUUGAUCUUUUAAAAAAUUAUAGUAUGUGUGUGUGUAUGUGUGUGUAUGUACCAUGCAUGCCUGCUCUCGAGUGUGCACUGGUGUUUUAAUUUGUGCCAGCCUGAAGACUGAAGACGCUGAAUACCUGCGCUUGUGCUCCUUAGCCACUUGAGUCUCCUUUGUGAGCUGCCUAUUCAAGUCUUAUUCUUAUUUUAAAAACUAGGUCAUCUCUUUAUUAUUGAAUCAUAGGAUUUCUUUGUAUGUUCUGGGUGCAAUAUAUUUGUCAUAUAUAAACACAUAUAGUGAUUCUUCCUCAGUGUGUGGCUUGCUAUUUAUUUUCUUGAUGUGUUGGAUGAGCAAACAUUGCGUGGCUUGAGUGAGUACAAUUUAUCAAGCUUUUUCUUCUAUGAGUCAUCUAUGUCCUUCUCACAAAACUUUUGCUCAUUGCCAGGGGGCAAAGUAUUCUUCUUUUAGACUUUUAUGUUUUUCCCUUGUGACUUUAUUGUAUUACUCUCACAUUUAAGUUGUUGACCCAUUUUAAAUGGAUGCUGUGUGUGUGUACAGUGUGAGAUGGGUCAAAUCUUUCUGCCAUUAAAAAAAACCAA